CGGUAUUGUCGCUAUCACGCUGCCACUUUUUAACGUCGAAUUGCGAUAACAUUUUAACAGCUAAAAAAACUUGAAAAAUAAAGUAGAAAUUUAAUUGGAAACAAACUUUAAAAAAAAUUAUCAUCUGAUAAGUGAAUAAGUGUGAAGUGUCAUCUUAUUGUAUUUUGUUAUCUGUUGUCUAUAUUUGUCCUUAUUUUCAUUAUUUGAAUUAUUUUUGUGUGACGAAAGAUUUCAAAAUAUCAUCAUAACAGUACGCGAGUUCAUACUGUGUCGUUUAGUAAAUAUUGUUGAAACUAAUACUUUUGAUAAUAAUAACCUACUUUCUCUCAUUAUUUUUGUGAGGUUAAACCUACAUUUAUGUCAAAAUUGUCAAUUCCAUGUUUUGAUUUUCUUAAUUCAGAAAAUGAUGAACAAUAUUAAAAAUAAUUUUAGUUAAUAAUAAAUACGUGAAAAUACGGAAUGAAUAGUAAAUUGAUAUGUGAAACCAUAAUGAUAAAUAAUAAUAUCGUAACUAGCACUGACUGGUGAUCUAAUCGUAAAACAGUAGAAACAACAGUGAAUGUGUAUUUAAUAUUGUAGAUAAAGUGAAUUGGACACCAACUUUUAAAUAUAUAAUUGCUACCAAGAAGAUUUUUCUCACAGCAUAAGAAUAUAAAGGAUACAAAGGAUCUACAGAGAUCGGUGUAUGCGUGUGUAAUGUGACUCGUAUGGAAUAAUGAUCGUAUGCUUAAAAACUGUCGAAAGAGAACAAUCGUGAUUUAUCAUUCUGUAAUGGUGAAUAACCGUCACUAGCGAGAUGAAAUCUUGGGGCGAAGCGCUAUGGCGGAGUGCUUCUGCAAACUUCUCGCGUGUGGGUCGGCUACGGCGAGCGCUUCUGCUUCUUGCAGCUGCCGCUUGCACUGCAGCAGCUGUCCUUUACUGGCGACAACAAACUGAUGACUCUGCGCAUCGACCAUUGCAAUCUAUGUUUGCGGGUGUGGAGCCGCAAUGGUCAUGGAUUUGCCGGAACGAUCGCUGCGAAAGACUUUUGGCAUCAGAAACAAAUAUACUUCAGUCUCUUCCAACUUGCAAUAUGCUCUGCGCUUCCACACAACUUUGGCCACAGCCUACAGGUCCCGUUAGCUUGGCAACUGCCGCAAUCCGCGUACGUUCUAGCGGAUUAUCUCUCCAAGUAAUAGCCUCUCCCUCACGGGAAGUAAAGGAACACCUAAACGACGCUUUUAUGUUGAUGCGCGAUGACUUAAAAUCACUCGAAAAGUCCGCCGCCAUAGAGAACAGACGGUCUGACUCAGCGACACGUGACGUGCUUGUCCGAGUCACCGUUAAUGGAACCGGUGAUCCACGUAUGAGACAGGAUACAGACGAAAGUUACAAACUAAGUCUUCGACCAGCUGGAAAAUCUCUAGUCGUCGACAUAACUGCACACUCUUUUUGCGGUGCUCGACAUGGCUUCGAAACUUUGUCACAAUUGAUUUGGUUAGAUCCUUACGCUGGCUCACUCUUAAUUCUGGAAGCAGCUACUAUAGAUGACGCCCCUAAAUUUCGGUAUCGUGGCCUUCUUCUCGAUACAGCACGAAAUUAUUUUCCUGUUAGUGAUAUACUGCGUACAAUUGAUGCAAUGGGCGCUAGUAAAAUGAACACCUUUCACUGGCAUGUUAGUGAUUCUCAAUCAUUUCCUUUGAGAUUACAAAGCGCUCCACAAUUAGCGCAGCAUGGAGCGUAUGGUCCUGGAGCAGUGUACACGACUGACGACGUGCGAGCUAUCGUGAGGAAAGCUAGACUACGUGGAAUACGUGUUUUAAUAGAAGUAGACGCGCCGGCGCAUGUCGGGCGAGCUUGGACCUGGGGCCCAGGUGCAGGAUUAGGUCACUUGGCUCAUUGCGUUGAACUUGAACCGUGGAGCACGUACUGCGGCGAACCUCCUUGUGGACAGUUGAACCCGCGAAAUCCCCACGUUUACUCACUACUAGAGCUUAUAUACACAGAAAUUAUCCAACUUACCGGCGUUGAUGAUAUUUUCCACCUAGGAGGGGACGAAGUUUCAGAACGCUGUUGGGCACAACAUUUUAAUGAUACAGAUCCAAUGGAGUUAUGGUUCGAAUUUACACGACGAGCAAUGCUUGCCCUGGAACAAGCUAAUGGAGGGAAAGCACCUGAUUUAACUUUUCUCUGGUCUUCACGUUUAACCCAUACGCCAUACCUCGAACGCUUGGAUAAAAAACGAUAUGGAGUCCAAGUGUGGGGCUCUUCACGAUGGCCGGAAUCUCGAGCCGUACUAGACGCAGGGUAUCGUGCAGUUUUAUCGCAUGUUGAUGCUUGGUACUUAGACUGUGGAUUUGGUUCCUGGCGGGACAGUUCUGAUGGGCACUGCGGACCGUAUCGUUCAUGGCAACAAAUCUACGAACACAGACCAUGGAUAGAAGAAAUGCCGUCAGUUGCCACAGGAGUUGAGCCUUGGAGAGUUGAAGGUGGAGCAGCAUGUCAAUGGACAGAACAGCUAGGUUCUGGAGGCUUAGACGCCAGAGUUUGGCCAAGAACCGCAGCACUGGCAGAGCGAUUAUGGUCCGACCGUGUUGAAGGUGCCACGGCAGAUGUUUAUCUGAGGCUCGAUACGCAACGCUCACGGUUAGUAUCCAAAGGGAUACAUGCAGCUCCUUUAUGGCCUCGCUGGUGUUCUCACAAUCCUCACGCCUGCCUUUAGCAGUCGGCCAUAGAUGUACUUACAUAAAUUCGGUUGACGAGCACCGUAUUUAUGUAACGUAAGCUAUCUCAACAGAACUCCCUAUUGAGAUAUUUAUAUAGCUUCAAACUGUUUGGUAGUGAUUGAUGAAAUUAUUAUCUUAUUUAUAGUGUUAGAUCGAUGAAGUUUGGUGUACAUAAUAAUCAUGAAAUCGUAUUAGUAUAAUAUACGUUUAGUUUAUAAAAUUGUACAGCGCUUUAUUAUACUUAGCAGAAACUUAAUAACUCGUAUAGAUAUUUAUAGUGUAAGUGAAAUGUACUUGUUAUAAUACUAAAAUGAAAUACGUUUAAGUUAUAUAACAUAGUUAUUAUUUAAAUGUAGAUAGGAUGUAUUUGACUGCCAAUUUAGUCACAAUUUAAUUGCAAUCGCCUCCGACUAGGAGUUAAGAAACGUGUCAUAAAAGACACGACAUUAGUUAAAUGAACACAAAUAGAAUAUAGGAAUAAUUUGUUAAACAUUUGGUUUAUAUGAUUAAGGUAAACUAACAUAUUACAUGCAUAUCUUAAUUAAACAAAAAUAUGAUAUACUAUGAAACUGUUACUCGGUAAUGUAAUAUGUACCAAGGGAUUAUAUUUACUGAUUACCCUCUUAAUAUAACAUUACUAUAUAUAUCUAGAUAAUUUAAUCUGACAGCAGUAAAGUGGGUACUAUAGGUGAGGAUUGUUUUACAAUCCUUUAAAUGGGAUUUUUCUAGGUUAUAAUAACACCGCCAUUAUUGAAACCCGAGAUUUUUUCCAACUUAUUGUUGACUAUUUAAUAAAACAGAGCUGAAAUAUAUGUUAUAUUAUCUUGUAUUAGAUUUAAGUAAUAAAGAUCACAUAAUAACCAACAAUUAAUAAAUAUAUAAUUUCUAAUUGUAAUAUAGUUGAUACUACACAGUUAUAUACCCAAUACUGUUUUAGUACAAAACUUUAUAGCAUUUGUAAUUAAAAUAUUUGCAAAUAACUAAAUGAGAGAUGGUUAUUAGACUUGUUAAAUAAAUUAUUAUUUUAGUAUUCAUAGUUAUUUUAAAUGUAAUUAUAAUAUAAUUUUAAACGUUAGAAACAUGACAAAAUAAUUAUUAAAUUUCCCUAGGGCAUUGUAGUUUCUUUACUCAUAUUUUGAAUGUCGUUAAUUUAUAAAUAUUUAAUGUAACAUAUUUACGGCGAGUAGCAGCUUCAACUAAACACAGAAAUUUAAACACAUCACAUUUUAACGCUUUAAAUAAGAUGUUUUUGUCUGUUAUGGAAUUAUGUUUUAUCUACAAUUAAUUUCAUUACAGCUAGUGCAAAAUAUAAAAACUCGAAAAUCAUUUAAUUUUUACGUGAUGCUAAUUGAAUUGUCGACGUAGGUAUAUAAUAUUUACAUAAAUAAAACUAAAAAAAAAACAGUUAACUAUGUCAAGUUUAAUUUGUUUAGUAAUCUUUUAUUCAUAUUUUGUACAAAUUUUAAUGAAGCUCAAAACUACUAGCUUCUAAAGACAAUCGUUACUAAACGAAGACAUUACACUUCUUUAUAUUAGAAUACCUAUAUACAUGUAAUUUAGAUGUUCUUUUUAUCAAAUAUUGCUAUUAUUGACAGUGACAUGAAAUAUUUUGUUCAGUUAACGGUGUCGAUAAAGUUAAGUCCUUUGAUAUUAUCAGAAAUCAUAUACGUUGUACUAUUAGCGUGACAUUUAUUUAAUAAUACUAAUAUAUAAAGUAGAUUGUGUUUAAUAUUAUAUUAUAUAUUUCUCGAACUUUUUUCGAUUUGUCAAUUACGGUUUAGCUCUCAAUUCUACAACGCAAUUGUAAUGAUGGACUCUACUAUAAAUAAACUGAAAUUAUAAUAAUGUCAAUAAAAUUUUAAUUUUACUAUUAUAGGGUAAUCACUUGUUAACGCAAACGUACUAUAUUUUUAGGGCUGAUUAUUCAAUCGUCUGUAAAUUUUAUUACAAAAAUAACGGUUUGACAAUAUUUCUAUACAAAAACUGUCAAAACGUCAAACUCAUUCUUUAGCCAUUCCUUAUGUACGUGACAUGGCAGAUAGAAUAUUUUAUGCCUACUAUAUAUUAUAACUACCGUAGAAAGAAACAAAAAAGGAGAAAAUCAACAUGGAAUUGAAAAAUCAGCCCUUAUACUAACGAUAUUUCAUUUAAAAUUUCAUAAAAAUUUACAUCACCAAAAAAUUUUUGGUUAUUAUGAACUUGUCGGAAUUCAUUUUAUAUUUUGAAAUGAUCAUAAUAUUGUUCGUAGUCCUCUUUAACUCUUUAAUACUCAGUUAAACUUUAAUCACAUUUAGAGUAUGUUCGGAUGAAAUCCUUUUUUUUUUUUGUAAAUGGCUUUAUAAUAUUUAUUCAUAUUGUAUCAUGUUAAUAUUAAACUGGCACAAUUUUGUACAUUUUGUAAGUAAUGUUUGGUGCUAUAGUGAUUUUGUGGUGUACUUCUAUGAAAUAAAUAAGCUGAAAUUA